AGGCUGUUGCGCCUGCCCCUUUCGCCCGGCCCCACCUUAGCUGGUUAAACAGGUUUGAAAUCCAGACGGCAGAGAGACGUGGAAGCAUUUCGCAGGCUCCCAGCACAGCUGCCGCUGCCGCACAGCCCCCAGCCCCAUGGCCCCCCACCUCUCUCCAAGGUGAAGUGGAAGGGACAGGAAUCUAGUGCUCUCUUGACAACCCAAAACAUAGGAGAGUUUCUUGCCAGUCCCCAGCUGCAUCCCCAGCAGUAUUGAGCCGGCCACUCUCAUGGCUGCCGCUGAUCCCAUCCCGCCCCCUGAGGAGUUGGCUUUGCUGGAGGUGGGGAAGGUGGCCCCGGCUGCCCACGUGGAUAAGGUGCCACCAGCCCCGGGUGAACACUCAGGGGACCCUGAUGCCACCCUGCCAUGGGACCGGUGCCAGCAGGGCGCCCGGGGCCAGCCGGAGCCUGUGGAGACCAAGAGGCGCUCAAGUCCUGAAGGGGGCCGCGAAGACCCCGAGGAGGCUGCUCUUACUGGCCCCCCAGCUGAGGCCGAAGAUGAGGAAGCCCCUGGGCUGCCCAUGAUGGCAGCCCACGUCUUUGUGCCCAUCGACCCACAGUGCAUUGAGCGGAGACCUGACAAGCAGAAGAAGCAACCCGCCCCAUGGCCCCAGGAGGAGGGCAAGGAGGGCUACAUCCCCCACAGUGACAGACCCCACAGCCUCCGCCAGAAGCAGGUCUUCAUUCCCAUCAGCCCCUCGCGGUACAGGGACCCACUGGGCUUUGGGGAGCGAGUGUCCAAGCCACCGACUGAGGGGCUGCAGUGCCCGUGCACCAGCGACUGCGGCACCGGCAACCUCCAGGCCGUGGCCUCGGUAGUGGGGGCCCUGCUUCUCUGCCCCUGCCUCAUCUAUGGGGCCUACGUCUUCCUGCCUUUUGAUGCCCCGCUGCUGCCCACCGUCAGCGCCCGCCUGGUCUACACACUCCGCUGCGCCGCCUUUGCCACGUUCCCCAUUGUUCUGGGCAUGAUCGUCAGCGGCAUCUCCCGCUUCUGCUCUUCCGCACUAGAGCCCUUCGGGGAGCUGCAGCAGGAGGUGGAGAUCCACCGCACCUACGUCUCCCAGUCUGUCCAUCUUUUCAUCCUCUACUUCUUCAACAUGGCUGUGCUGGCCACCUACCUCCCGCAGGAGGUCCUCAAGCUCAUCCCUCUGCUCACGGGGCUUUUUGCCAUCUCCCGGUUGAUUUACUGGCUGUCGUACGCCAUCGGGCGCUCCUUCCGUGCCUUUGGCUUCAGCAUGACCUUCCUGCCCCUCCUGGCCAUGCUGCUCUGGAACCUGUACAGCAUGUUCAUCCUGGAGCCCGAAAACCUCCUUGCUGUGGCAACGCCAAAGCCUGAGGACCAGUCCAAGGACAGUGGAGCCAAACUCCGGUACUGGGGGUGAGGGAGGCCCCAGGGAGAUGGGGUGCCUGGACCCCGUGGUGCAGAGGGGUUGAGCCCUCCUCACCGCCCUGCUUUGUGAGCCCUGAAGGUGGAGGGGUGCAGGCAGAUCUGGCUGGGCCCUGCUCCCUGCCUGGACCCAGCAAGGUUUUGCUGGGCACCCAGGUUUGACAGAGCUGAGCUGUAAAACCCUCUGCACUGCACUGGGAGCUUCCUGCAGGAGGGCGAACAGGGCCUGGAGCAAGAGCCAGUGAGCUCUGUCCCACAAGGAUGCAUUGGGGUGGGAUUUGCCUAACCUGCUGGAGCUGGCUUUGCCCAAUAAAGCCCCUCACCAAG